AUGGAGUCGCCAACCUCUUACGUGAGCAAUCUUCUCGUCGAAGGCUCGACGCUCUUGACCGUGCUCACGGUGACGUUCUACGUGAUCGUCGGUCUGGCUGUGCUUGUCGUCCUCGUGGGCAUCUCCUUUUGUUGGCUCAACAAGCGGGCCGAUGCAGCGUUUGACGAGCACAACACGUACCGGGAGCUCGAAGAUGGAAUCACAUCUCCGUCAUCCAUCCCCACGGCCCCUGGGAACGGCUCCAAAGUCUCCUCCCAUCGACACCCGUCCUCACUAACUAGCAUCACGUCAGCCACGGACAAACGAUUGCAGGUCAACCCGAUCAAGAAGACGCCGUCAAAACCCCUUCCAGCGCGCGUCAAGGCGGCGGCGUCGCCGCAACCUCCCACCACCACCACCCAACUCUGA